UUGUCAACUUCAAAAUCAACAUUUUAAACUCACUUUUCAGCUCGAGUUCAGACUGUUCAGAGUAUUCAUACUUAGUGAUUGACUGGUUGAGUCAUUACAUUUUCACCGCAUAUAACCAUAUAACGUUUUCGUUUGCGUCAACUUACGCAAUAAUUUAUUGAAUUUUGAAUCCAUCCCAGUAUUUUUUAACAUUUAAAAUGAUGCCCUUGGUCAGUGAUAAAUCCAUUGCACCAUCGUCGGAGAAUAAGCCCGCCGAAGAACCAAAAAAAUUAAAAGCUUGUUGUGCUUGUCCGGAAACGAAAAGAACCAGAGAUGCUUGUAUUAUGGAAAAUGGAGAAGAAAAUUGUCGACACCUAAUUGAAGCACAUAAGGAAUGCAUGAGAAAAAUGGGUUUUAAUAUUUGAAUAGUAAGCAUUCCUAAAAUCUGUUGUAAAUGUUUUUUUUUGUACAAAUUUACACUGUAGAUACAUUAAUUUUGUCUAGUCUAUUAAAUGUGUAUUAAUUUAAAAACCAAACUCUAUUUAUUUUAUGAGUUCUAGUUUUGACAAUAAAUAAAUUAAAUUAAAAAAAAAAAUAUAAUUAUAUUCUAUAAAGUAUAGUAUUUUAUUAAAAUCACUACCUGUAAUGAUGGAUUUUAAGUAAUUAUAUCAUAAACAUUAAAUAAAGUAACUUGUAAUGUAGAUAUUAAGACAUUCUAAAAGUGUUAAACCUUAUAGUUUGCGUUUGGUCUAUAAUUAUAUUUUACAGGAUUUUAGAAUGUAUAAAAAGGAAAAUUAAAAUACAAACAACAUUUUUAAGCUCUGC